AUGGCUUUUGUAGAGGAUUUUACACCUAUUCCACUGGAAGACACCAACCUUUUCAAACCAAUUAGGGUGGGUGAUUGUAUGCUAAGGAAUCGAAUAGUAAUGCCUCCACUCACAAGAAUGAGAGCUCAUUAUCCUGGGAAUAUUCCAAAUCGAUUUUGGGCCAGGAAAUAUUAUGAUCAAAGAUCCAAAAGUCCCGGAACCAUGAUAAUUACAGAAGGAGCAUUCAUUUCACCACAAGCUGGUGGCUAUGAUAAUGCACCUGGCGUUUGGUCAUCUGAACAGAUGACUGAAUGGAAAAGUAUCUUUAAGAAAGUGCAUGAAAAUGGCAGCUAUAUAUGGCCGCAAUUAUGGGCACUAGGUAGAGCAGCUUACCCUGAAGUUCUAAAGAGAGAUGGGUUAAGAUUUGACUCUGCUAGUGAUGGAAUAUAUAUGGAUACAGAGAUGGAAUCUAAAGCUAAAAACUGUAAAAAUUUGCAGCACGGCCUAACUAAAGUAGAAAUCAAACAAUAUAUAAAGGAUUAUAUUCAUGCAGCCAAGAAUUGUAUGUCCUCAGGAGCUGAUGGAAUUGAGCUUCAUGCAGCUAAUGGAUAUUUAAUAAACCAAUUCAUAGACCCUAUUUCAAAUAAAAGAAAAGAUGAAUAUGGUGGAUCUAUUGAGAAUCGAGCAAGAUUUAUUCUUGAAAUAGUAGAUGAUCUUGUGCAAGAAGUUGGCAGUGAACAUGUUGGCAUUAGAUUUUCACCAUAUGGUACAUUUGGAACAAUGUCUGGUGGAGAAAACCCAACAAUCAUGGCACAGUACUGUUAUAUUAUUGGUAAAUUGGAAGAGAGAGCACAAAAGGGUAAAAGGUUGGCUUAUAUUCAUUUGGUAGAGCCAAGGGUAACCAAUCCUUUCUUAACCGAAGGACAAGGGGCCUAUUCAGAAGGAAGCAAUGACUUUAUAUAUUCAAUAUGGAAGGGAAAUAUAAUUAGAGCAGGAAAUUUCGCAUUACAUCCAGAAAUAGUGGAAGAAUUAGUGAAAGAUGAACGAACUUUAAUCGCGUAUGGUAGGUAUUUCAUCUCUAAUCCUGACUUGGUAACAAGGGUAGCAAAAGGGCUUCCCUUAAACAGAUAUGAAAGAGACAAGUUUUACGUCAUGUCUGAGGAAGGUUAUACUGAUUAUCCUACUUAUACAGAAGCGUUAUCAUUGGGCUGGAGUAAUGCCUAG